AUGACGAAGAUUCAGGAUACCACGAUGUUGCAAACCGGGAGUACUUGCCUACUUGGAGCCAAGCAAAAGGAUCAAGAGCUGCGGCGCUCAUUCUCGGAGUGCUCCAACAACGCCAAGGCCAACAAGCUCAUUCCCGGCGGUGGCAGCGGAAGCUCGUCGUUGGAGGUGGCGGAGACGGUGCGGUGCGCGUGCGCGUGCUGCGGCGUGCCGGAGGACUGCACGGCCGCCUACAUCCGCCGCGUCCGCGCGGCGCACUGCGGGAGCUGGGUGUGCGGCCUCUGCGCGGAGGCCGUGGGCGAGCGGCUGCGGCGGGAGCCCGGCGCCGGCGUGGAGGCGGCGCUGCGGUCGCACACGGCGGUGUGCAGGGACUUCAACGCGACCACCAGGCUGAACCCGAAGCUCUCCCUCGCCGGCUCCAUGAGGGACAUCGCGCGGAGGAGCUUCAACCGGCGGGCGUCGUCGGCGACGACGUGCCACGACGAGCUCCGCGCCUCCAAGACGAUGGAGAGGGCCGUCAGCUGCCAGCCCCGCUUCUUUGCGUGAUCUGCUGAUCUUGCACAAUUAAUCUCCAAAAAAAAAAAUCUUUACACUUUGCUACUACUAGGUCGUUAAGUCGUCCUUAGUCACGCAGAUGCACUUUUUUCCUUGAGAGGAAAAAAAUAUUUUGUUCCUUGAGAGGGUAUUUGAAUACGUGCAUCUUCGUGUGUAUAUUUUUC